AUGUCUACCUACGCCAACUCGCAGGCGCGGCUGAACCGCGUUGCGCCACAGCUGCGCCCGGCUGGUGUCCAUGGAGACUGGACGGAGGCCACGACGGCAGAGCUGCUCUCCAGCUACAACCCCAAUGGCGUCACGACGCCAGACCACAUUCGCUCUUUUCACCACCGCGGCUACGAUGUCGGUGAGCAGCGGCGCCAUUGGAGCCUCGCCAAGGACGCCUCAGUGGACCCCAACAUGCGGCACGGUGUGAAGAGUAAGGAAACGGGCGGCGCCGAUGCGUGUCUGCGGCCUGAGAUGUAUGCGGACAAGAUGACAGCGCUGCUGGAUGCCCAGCGUGAGACCCAGUACCUCAGUAACCGUCGCAAACCUCUUGGUCACGCCCCGGUGCCACAGGAUCCCGUGCCAGUCCCCUUCGGCGGCUUUGGCAUUGUGCAAAAGAAGGGCGACUCAACGCAGUCGGUGCUGGCAGGGUAUCGCUCCGUCGACGUGCUGCACCCCGCCGGCGAGCAGCUGACCCGCAACUACGACUGGGAGAAAUCCGGCAUCGACCCCAUUCAGCAUCGCUUCGGCAAGCCCUCGGCCAGCCCCAACGGCUCGACUGCCUCAGCGCUGUGCAGUGACUCUGCCACACAGCUGGUGUCUAAGCUAGCGAAGGACUACCAAACCACAGUGGCCAAGGAGCUAGGCAAGUCGAAGAGCUACGGCUUCGAUGAUCCGGCUGAGUGGGACGAGAAGAAGCGCGGGCGUGUUACCAAGCUCGGCGCAACAGGGACGGCGGCAAGCUACUUCCAGACAGAACAGCCAACGGUGCGGGAGCUGAUAUCGUCGUGGGCGCAAACGGUGCCCGGGUCUGGGACUGGUAAAGCUGAGUCCGGCAAGGCUAACCAGCAAGGCCUCACCACCUCUGCCGAUGCUGGGGUAGGCACUAACGCCGACGUAUCCGCGGCUGCGCCGGCUGCCAGUGGCCUACCUCUGACUGGGACUCUCAAGGACGACAUCCACGCGCACCAGCUGCUCUACCCCUGCCACUACGUCUCCCUGGGGGUGGAGUCGAAGUACUUUGCCGGAGAUCGCCCUCUCGAGGACAUCCGCCGCCUGAGUCACAAGUGUGGCUUCGGCCUUUCGGAUGCCAGUAUCGAUGCAGUGUUUACGCUGGUCGCCAAGGGCGGUAGCGCGUGCAGCAUCGAAGAGUUCAAAAAUGCGGCGCGCGCGAAUGGCUACAUGUAG